AUGGGAAAUAAAGCCUCUAAGCCGUCGAGGAAACUCGCAAAUACGAUAUCGAAGAAUGCAAACCCAAAUAUUAAUCGGUCAUCCAAUGUUAACCAAUUGCCAUCAGAAUUUUUAAAAGAAAAGUACGAGCAGAAUGCUAUUCAAAAGGAACUUAAAGCACAGCAAGAGAAAUCCACUCCAGAUGAAAGUCUUAACCAAGGGGAUCAAAUGCAUAUAUUGAAUUCGAAUAACGAGUUUGAUCCUAAGCUUUUGAAUAAAAAACUUAAAAAUUCACAGCAGGCCAAAUCGCAGGUUCCGGCUCAGCAACAGAAUCAAACACCUCAAAUGCCAGAAGGAAAGGACGGAUUUGACCCUCAUGUUGGUUCGUAUGACCAAAACUUCAUUAAUUCCGUUACUAACUUGGGUAAAAACAUUCACUCCUCUAGAUCUGCUUCCCAGAUAAACCCAAACUUUUCGGCAUUAACCCAGUUAAGAAAUCGUAAAGCAUUAUAUGAAAAGGGUCAAAAAGAAGUAGAAACACAAAUGGAUCCUCACGGGCCUGCUUCUGCGUCUCAUCGUGGUGAAAAUAAAGAUGUCAUCAGAACCAUGAUUCAUCCCCGUACUAUGGGUGCUAUCUUAAACGACCUCAGAGAUCCAAGAGUGUCCAAAGAUGGGAUUACCUUGGACUAUCAAUUACGCCCUGGAUUUUUGGAAGAUCUAGGUUCCAGAUUUAAGGUUGCUACUACGACCCAAUCUCUUGAAGAGCAUACAAAAGACGAUGAGAUCGCUCCAAAAGAGGCCCCAAAUAAGUCCAUGAUGGAUUUUAAUGAAAAUGACGAAUUAGCCGAAACUGUUGAUCAAAACAGAUUAAAUGAAUUGAAGGGCAGAUUGGGUAUGGACGAUGAACCUGAAAAUAUCGAUACUAAUAAGCGUUGA